CUGUGAGGGAGCUCUUUGUUCAAACACUUUGUCUGUUAUGGGUUGUUCUGAUUUCUCAGGGAUAACAAACACUGAUUCCUUCAUGGGGAACAGCGGUUGCUUUGUUACUCAUACUCAAUUUCCUGUCAGCCUUGGAAAUGGGGCAUACUCUGUCACAUGAAGCUGGGUGUUCUGUUUCUGUAACAUUCAGAAUGUGGGGGUUAAAAGAGAGUUACAGGUGUCUUCAGCAGGCAGUUGGGUGGGAUAGGUGGUUCAUGAGAGUGGUCCUGUUGUGGAGGUGGCCUCAGCAAGCAUGCAGAUGGGGACGUUUCUUGCACGUCCUUCAUACACAGUAUAAAAAUCUGCACCGGGAUGAAUCUCAUUAAGGAGUGGGAAGAUGUAGGUGAUGAUGCAAGUGAUGAGUGCCAAGGUCCAGAUUACAGAUAUAGAAGGGGUGAGCUCUUUAGAAGACUCAAGGUUUCCACCUUUGCUCAGCUGGUCAUUCAGGUUGCCUCAGUGUCAGAUGAUGAGAUUAAUGGAGAAACACAGAAUCUAAAUGACAUCCCCACUGUAUCACCCGAAGCACACGGGGACCAUCUUCCCGAGGAUCAUCUUUCUGAGGACCCUUACAGCUGUCUGCCGACAACGCCUGUGCAGUUUGAUGAUAACAGUGUUGAUGUGGAUGUGGAACUCUCCCCACGGUCCACGCUACAAAGCGUCAUCAGCGGCGUGGGUGAACUGGACCUGGAUGGAGAGAGAUGUGUGAAACUUGCGGCAGUGUGCGGCCCCCAGAGUUGGGAGUCGCCCUACGCAGACUGUCCCUACCUGCUGCUGGACGUGCGCGACAGGGAUGAGUACGACCAGUGCCACGUGAUCAGCGCUCACAGCUACCCCGUGGCUACUCUAUCGCGGACGAUGAACCCCUACAUCAAAGAGGUGCUGGACUACAAAAAUGCUCUUGGUAAGAUUAUUAUUCUGUACGAUGAGGAUGAGAGAAUCGCCUCCCAGGCUGCGACUACCAUGUGCGAACGAGGCUUCGAGAACCUCUUCAUGCUCUCUGGAGGGCUGAAGGUGCUCGCUCAGAAGUUUCCGGAAGGCAUGACCACGGGCACCAUCCCAGUCCGUUGCCUGCCCUCUCCCUCAAAUGCUGGACAGCCACGGCACUGUAGCUCCCGCCCUGUAGAGAAGGCGCCCCACCCCGCAGAGAAGAAAUGGCGCUUCACCCAUGAAGAUCUGAGCAAGAUCCAGAUCCAGCUGGAGGAGAUGCUGAUAUCGACUGACAACAGCAGUCGGCUCAGCCGAAUGUCCGUCUCCCGUGCUGAGUCCCAAACUUCCAGCGCAAGAUUCCGGAAAACUCCCUCAGUGACGGGUUCAGAAAGCGCCAGGUCACAGAGCAGCAGGCCCUGGAAAUAACGUUCCCAAACGAAGCUGUGCAUUCCCAGUAACUGCGCAGUUCUGUGCCGACUUCCAGGUUUUGUUUGUGCGCCUCACCUGUGCUUUUAUGCUUCCCGGGUUUGCUUUAUCCCUUCGGUUUGAUCAUGCUUUACAGUUGCUGAAGUCUGUUUUUGUUGAUCGUAUAUAACAGGUUUGUGUUUAUACUAUGCAUCAGACUAGCAAAGGUGUAAACAUAUUACAAUAAUGUCAAGAUACGUUAUCUAACAAAACAUUCGCACUUCACCCUUACAAACCUGCUUUUAUAUUUGUAACUGGUUUACAUGUAGCUAUUUAAUGAUUCUCUUUACUGAAUAUUUGUUCUUAGUGUUUUGCUUGAUUGGAUUAGUCCUUAAGCUUCAGUUAAAUUUAAUAAUAAUUCUCAGCAUGCAGACUGUGUUUACACUAAUGAUUAUGGCAUUAAAUCACAGUGUAACUUUUCUUUGUCCACAAGAAGGUUAAAAUUAUAGCUCUAUUUUGCUGUGUGAAAUAAUGGUCUGCCUGCUUCCAAAAGAAGCAAACUUACCUUUAAAAACAUGUUUUUACAGAAAAGUUCUGUUCCCAAGAUUGUGCUUAAAUAAAAUGCAUUUUCUAAUGGUUUAAAGGAAA